AUGAGCUCUGCAAGAAUUCUUGACAUCCACAUGAUCACUACAACAACAACAACAAUUGCUGCUGCAUCACUAUCCUCCUCUCCUUGUGCUGACAUGGGACUUGUUCUAAAGGACUCUGACAUUGUUUGUGGUCGUGGAGGCCUAGCCAACAAGCAUCCUGGCAAUCGGUUACUUCGCCGAAUAUGCCACGAAAAUAGAGGACUCUACCAAAAUUCUGCCAUGGACAGUCCAAAUUACAAGCACUGCUUGAUUCUCUCCAUUUUCACUGCCAUUCAACAAAACGGAGGAAGGUUUGUGACAAGAGGCAAGGAUGGCUGGAAAGAAAUCUCGGACAAGAAGGCAAAGGAAAAGACUGCCCAAUUGUUGAGAGAAAGUGAACCAUCUUCUUCUGCUUCUAGUAUCAGCAGCACCAGUGCUGCUGCCAGCACCAAACCGUCCAUGAUCGCACAAACAAGAGGAACCCAGAAGUCAGCAACCAUCAAGUUCGACACCUCGUUCUUCGAUACGUCUACAAGUAACGGCAAUAUGCAGCAAGCACCAAGAAGGAGACGAUCCAUUUCGCCCGAAACAACAGCAGGAGCGUGCUACUACACCGCUCCUCGUCCGGACACUUUGUCCAGCAGCACUGACGACUUGUCAAACCUUCUCCUUCAGCCUAUUCUCGAACCAGACAUGAUGAUAUCAACCCCAACUCCACCAACGCUUGCGUUUGGUGAGCAUGGUGAUGUGUUUGAUCCAAUUGGAUUCGAAACAGCAGCCGCUGAUGGAACUCCAGAUCGUGCUAGUACUAGUAUGCAAGAGUACUUCUUUAGCCAUGAUGAUACUUUUCAAAGUAUGAAUCAUCAUGACUUGGUAGUCAGCCUGUAG